GAAUGGUCGGGGGGUCUAUAAACGUCCCUUUCCGCCCCUCCAGGACCGCUUGCACGUGGACCAGCGCCCGAGAACGUUUCCAACUGCUCGCUGAUGAAUUGAGUCCAAUAGUGUUCGUUCGGAGGAUCGCCAUGAAUUGCAGUCGCCAGAUGCAAGGUGACCAUGCACUCUUGCUGAUUUGCCCCGUAUUUUAUGUCGCCAUGUUGGCGAUAGUUCCGGAUGAAGAACACUAUAUGUGGCGGCCUAGGUCCUAUCCCGUGUGUCGUUUGAGCGCAACAGGGCGGGCAUUAACGCCGAACGUUUGCAACCUCAGCUGGAUCCUCAGGGCGCGGAAGCUGACCGAACAACUUGAAGCCAGUCUGAUGCUGAUUGAGGCCGAGGAUCCAUCCUCAAUGGGGGCCUGAGACCCAACGACAGAGAGAUUGGAGUUGCAGCAACAUCAGCGCCGCUGACGGGAGCAGGCGAGAUCAUCACCACGCGCAGCAUUUUCGGAACCGUGGUACUCCCGUGCUGGCCAGCCAACGCGGAGAUAUUGCACGCCUUUGCGACAUUCAGUUUCGGACCUAGGACGAUUAACGUCGCAUGGGUACCCCUCGCUUCUUCAACGGGUCUUUCGAAAUGCAGGCAUGGUGGUCUGGACCGUUCGAGGAUCUAGCAUGGUAGUUCGCUUCAUCAUUGUCCAAUGCCAAAAACGCUGCAUGGUCGAUCUACUCGUUAUCCAUGUUGGGCCGGGGUUGCCUGACUGGUUUCCGUCCAAUCCAAACGAUAUAGUUGGAGAAAGACAAUGCAUGGUCACAGACAAGAAAUGCUCGGCUUCGAGAACGACGGCGAAAGCAAUUUAGAGGCUGCAUUCGACUGUCCCACCACGCGUGUCAAUGAGAACAGAGCUGCAAUGGAAAGCGGUUCGGGAUGUCAUACGGUAGCAAAGUCUGGUCAGGCUAACUCCGCCUCGCCUCAGCCAGUCCCUACACCUUGUUCAUCGCGUCUCCGUUUCCGAGUCUUCCGUAUUCUGACCAGCACCCGCCGGUUCUGGAGGAGGGUCGUAGUCGUCGUCAAACUGCCCACCCCGCCCAUUCGCCGUUGCCAUAUCCAGACACUCCUGGCAGGAGGUGAACAUCCAUCCUCCUGGCGUCUCCGCCAUCCUCCCCUGGUCGUCCCCGCACGUCUCGCACGUCCAGUACGAGUCGUUUUCCGCCGUGUCAAUCAGAUCCCCGAGAUCCAGCCCACCGCCCAGGUCGGACGUGUAUGUCCCAGAGAUAGUGACCCGCAAGCCGCCGUACUUCUCUUUAAGUCCGGUGUAGGUGAUGCCUGGAUGAUGCGUCUGGAGCGCGGCGCUGAGCCAGCGAAGCAGGCCUUCCCAUCCGUUGCCAGUGUAGACUUCUCUGGGAUGCCCGAAGUCGGUGAAGAGCGCUGGAAAGUCGGCUGCGAGACGAUAACCGAUGCCAGUCUGGCUCGCGGCCAUAGUUCAAUUCAAGAUUUGGCAAGUCAUCUCUGACAGCCGUUGAUUCAGAUGUGAUCCGUCGUCCGGCUUUGUGACAUUGCCGACACGGAAAUACUACAGUUUUCGUAUUUAGCGGAUGGAGAUCGGUUACAGCCGCCACAGCCUCAUGCGUCGGAACCGCCACGCAACCGCGCACACACCCAAAGCGUACGUAGAGAGGACAGUCAACGACACAAAUGCGCCAGCGUACAUGGUUUUCAUGGAGAGAUUCACGAUUCCCGUUCCGAGGUUGGCCUUCAAUCCAGUCAGUCGCCGUGCAGCAUCAGAGGGGAAAGCGACUGACAAGCAAGAACAACGCGAGGCUGUUGGUGUUGAUGGCUUCGAGGAGGAGCGGCGCGCGGGCG